UUGAAAAUGAGCAUAACGUUUGACUACGUGACAAUAAAUAGCACUUUCAACCCAAAAAACACACGCAUAAAUAUUUCUCACAUUAUUUACUCCAGCGAGAUCUUAAAUACCCAGCAAGAUCACAUUGCGUUUUUCAUUCAUUAUCAGCUGCUGGCUGCGGUUGAACUUCCAGCCGGAUGACGAGUAGGAGGUCUGUCGCCUGUUGUGGCAAGUCUCAGAGAAGGCUACUCCCCAUCCCAGAAAACUUUGCCACCGUAGAUAAAGGAACACUAGGAAUUCCCAUCAGUUAACUAGAUACGUUUAUCGCAUUUUUGGAUGUGAAGAGGUGAUGCUGGGGGUGGCUGGAAUGACGGGCAACAUCGCCAAUGCCCUGGCCAGUGCGGCCUGUGAGCGAUGUAAGAGCGGCUUUGCUGCCACUGAGAAGAUAGUCAACAGCAAUGGAGAGCUGUACCAUGAGCAGUGCUUUGUGUGUGCACAGUGUUUCCAGCAGUUUCCAGAGGGACUCUUCUAUGAGUUUGAAGGCAGAAAAUACUGUGAACAUGACUUUCAGAUGCUCUUUGCUCCUUGCUGUCGGCAGUGUGGUGAGUUCAUCAUCGGUCGCGUCAUUAAGGCCAUGAACAACAGUUGGCACCCUGACUGCUUCUGUUGUGACAUCUGCCAGGCUGUGCUUGCAGAUGUGGGGUUUGUCAAAAAUGCUGGCAGGCACCUGUGUCGCCCGUGUCAUAAUCGGGAAAAGGCUCGUGGCCUGGGCAAGUACAUCUGCCAGAAGUGCCAUGCCAUCAUUGAGGAACAGCCACUGAUCUUUAAAAAUGAUCCUUACCAUCCAGACCACUUUAACUGCAACAACUGUGGGAAGGAACUGACAGCUGAAGCCAGGGAACUGAAAGGUGAACUCUUCUGUUUGCCCUGCCACGAUAAGAUGGGGGUGCCUAUUUGUGGAGCUUGCAGGAGACCAAUUGAGGGCCGCGUUGUCAAUGCCAUGGGCAAGCAGUGGCAUGUUGAGCAUUUUGUAUGUGCCAAGUGUGAGAAGCCUUUCCUCGGUCAUCGCCAUUAUGAGAGAAAGGGAUUGGCUUACUGUGAGACUCAUUAUAACCAGCUGUUUGGUGAUGUGUGUUACCACUGCAACCGUGUGAUUGAAGGCGAUGUGGUGUCUGCACUCAACAAGGCCUGGUGUGUCAGUUGUUUCUCCUGCUCCACCUGCAACACAAAGCUCACCCUCAAAGAUAAGUUUGUUGAAAUUGACCUGAAGCCGGUGUGCAAGCAUUGCUAUGAGCGUAUGCCAGAGGAGCUGAAACGGCGCCUUGCCCGCCGCGAACGUGACUCCAAAGACCGCAAGAAAAAACCUACUGUGUCUCAGUAGAGUUCUUAUUCUUUCCAGGUCGCUAUACAAUCUGCUGGAACAAGUUUGUCGAGUUUGACAUGAAGCCUGUUUGUAAAAAGUGCUACGAGAAGUUUCCUCUUGAGUUAAAGAAAAGGCUGAAGAAGCUGGCCGAAUCUUUAGGACGUAAGUAGGCACGUUCAUGUGGAUUUCAUCAUGGUGCGUUGUAGUCCUGACAGUACAUAUACACAUAUACAUGUAUAGCUAUCAAACAAUACAUUCCCAAAGUGACCUUAACUGACCUAUAUCCUCAUCAAGUGGUGGUAAAAAUAAAAAAUUAAUUCAGUUGUCCAUGUGUCAAACUUAAAUGAAUUUGAAUGUUUAGUGUGAAUUACUCUUGUGCCUUGACUGUAUUAAUGAUGUGUCAUAUUUGUAUGCAAUGGUAGCUAUAAUUGUGUAAUACUGUUAUGCUCUAAAGGUCUUACAAUUGGACAGGUAUAGGAUAUGGAUAGUCACAUUUGAUCACAUUUAGUUUGCUACAUGAGUAAACAGUGUUUUAAGGUACCAAAUGUGUCUAACUUGAAACCACACGCUAAUGAAAGUCCAAAUGAACUCAAAAUGUGUAAAAUACGGUUAUUGAUAUUAAAUGAGUUGUAUUUUUUUUCAUGCUUUGUCUCUGGUGCAUACCUUUCCCUAUCUAUUGUCUCGGUAAAUAAAACAUAAUUCACUAAAAGUACGUUUUCAUGACAUUGAUAUGUACACAUUCAAAAUAUACUUAACCAAUGUUAAAUGUUUAUGAGUGUGUUUUGUUUGUUGGCCCAUAUGAGAAUGAAUUGAUCUUAUAAUUUAAUAUAGUUGUACUCUGUUGGAAUAUUCAUGCUUUUCAUGAAUCAGCACAUUGCUUGUGCCUAAAUGAGCAAAAUAGCUUAGAAAUGAGAAAUGUGGUGUUAACAAAACUCUGUGCUUGCAUCAGCAUCAUUUAUUGUGGAGCAGUUUUGCAUUUUCCUUUUCGCAGUAUGUUUAAGUUUUACAGCGUCUGCUUAUUUGGAAAAUGAGAUUCACAGUUUAACGCAACAUAUGCACAUAUUUGCCUUUCUGUUCAUCAGUCAAUAUACAUAAGGUCUAUUAAGUCUACGAAAUAUCCAAUACCUUCUGUCAGCGCAGGUUUAGGCUGUGACAUGCAUGUGAGGCCUUAUUGCAGAUAACACACAAAAACACUUUGAAUUUGGCAAAUAAAAGAUACAAUAUGUAUACUGAACAGUUGGUAAGACUGAACUGAUCAUAGUUCACAUCAAAUGAUAAACUACACACAUCGCAGAUGUCUUCCACAACCAUGAAACUCUGAAAGUCUUUUUAACCUCAUUUGCGUGUUAACAGAUGGCACAAAGUGUGAUGACAUAUAAAAAAAAAUAAAUACCCAACCCAAAUUGGUUCUUUUAAAUAAUGCUGAGAAAUUGUGUAAUUACUCUUCCCAUGUUUAUGCACACUGUAUUGUUCAAUGAGAUAAAUGCUGAGCAACAUUUGGGGGAAUUAGUGUAUCCGAUGGUUUCUUAAAUAGCGCUUGUUGCCAAAUGGGGGUGUAUAUCUUGUCGGGGAUGUCUUGACAGCUGCUUGUGAGUCGGAUGCACAUUCUUGUGUUGCGGUUGAAGAUGUAGGGGUAACCCCAGGAAGCGAAGUCUGAAAGUCGUCCAUUCACCAAAGGUCAUGUUCAGCAAUUUUUUGAUGUCAUCUGGGUCACCGAAUACGAGUGCUGAGCCACUGAUACGAUUGCUCUUUACAAUAUCUGCAUACUUUCUGGGAUAUUCCAUCUUCUCCAGCUAGAGAAAAUAAGAAAAUUGAGCAUUAUGUAAAUGCUGUUUUGAAACUCUAAAUUACUUUGUGCUUCAGUAGCUUUCCUUGUAUGUUGUGUUCUGUAUUAAA